CCACGAGAUUGUCGUCUUCAAUCGGCAUUAAUCUCGUUCAAUCUACGCCAGUGGACGGAUGAGUGAGUAAGGAUGUUGCUUCAUCGUGCAGGUAUCGGUGUACUGCUGCUGCUGCUGCUGCUGUUGGUGUGGCAGCUGAGCUCGAGCGAUGCCUUGGAACCAGUUGCUGCCCUCAUAUUGGCCCGUGGUGGUUCGAAAGGCAUUCCGCUCAAGAACAUCGUCGAACUGCAACCGAACGUUACGCUGCUGGGCCGCGCGCUACAAACGAUCCAACGGUCGGCCCUAUUCGACAGUAUCUGGGUAUCGACGGAUCACGAGCGAAUUGCACAGGAAGCGGCCUCACACGGUGCCAGUGUUUUUGCUCGAUCAGCAACACACGCGCAGGAUCACUCCAGUUCGCUCGAUGCAACGGCUGAGUUUCUCGAGGCGCAUCCCGAGAUCGAUCGAUUGGCGCUAAUCCAGUGCACGUCACCGUUCCUGCGGGUCCACUAUCUGGAGGAAGCGAUCGUGCAGCACUCGUCGGCAGCGUCUCCAUGUGUAUUUAGCGUAGUGCGUAGCUAUCGGCUCCGUUGGAGAAAGCAGAAAGCGAACGGAUGGCUAGAAGCGCUCAACUUUGAUCCUCGCCGAAGACCCCGUCGUCAGGAUUGGUCCGGUGAGCUGGUCGAAGCGGGUAUGUUCUACUUCGCCGAUCGCCACCUUGUGAUGGAAGAGCGAACGUUUCAGAGUGAGCGGUGCGGUGUCGUCGAGGUGGACGAGCUGGAUGCACUGGAGAUCGACGAUGUUAAGGACCUGGAGCUAGCGCGGCUGUUGAUUGAGUUGCAUUAG